CAGCAGCAGCUGCAUCGUUGCAAAAAUGGCGGCUGGAAGUGCAGGCGCUAGCGGCCGCAAUAGUGGCUCAUCGCCGGCUUUGGAGUCCACUUUAGACCGUCGUUUCCAGACUGUUAACAACACCAUGGAGUCUAUCCAAGGACUAUCCGUCUGGUGCAUCGAGAACAAGAAAUAUCACAGCGCGAUCGUACGGUUCUGGCUAAAGUGGAUGCGCAAAUCGGAUGAAUCCCACAGGCUCAAUCUCUUCUAUCUAGCUAAUGAUGUCAUUCAGAACUGUAAAAGGAAAAAUGCCAUUGUGUACCGCACCACCUUUACUGAUGUUCUGCCGGAAUCCAUCAAACUCAUCAGUGCUCUAAAGGACAGUAAGGUGACCAAAUCUGUGGAACGGAUCCUGACCAUUUGGGAAGACAGAAGUGUGUAUUCAGAGGAGUUCAUCCGUAAGCUGAAAAGCGGCCUAGUUUGGAAAGAAGAACCAGCAAAAGUUUCAGCUCCUGUCAAUUCCAAAGCUGCCCUGAAAUCCAAGAUUGUGGCUGAGUUUGUGCCAUCAGCUUUUAUCGAGCAUCUUUCCAAGUACAGGAAGUCGAUGGAUGAGAUUGAUCUUAAGGAGAAACAGCUGGCUGCCAUGAGAGUGGAUGUAUGCAGUACAGAAGCCCUAAAGAAACUGAAAGACAAGGCUGGAGGUAAAAGGUUCUCCAAAGAUUUUGAAGACGGGAGCACAAAGCUUCAGGACUUUGUUUCCUUCCUGGACGGCGAGGUCAAAAAAGGCUCACCCCUGAUGGAAGCUCUGGAGAAUGCCGACAUAUUCUACGAGAUGCAAUAUAAAGAGGUCAAGAUUGUUGCUAAAGCCUAUGAGACGUUUGCAAACCGAGUGUCGCACCUCAAGCGCAAACUCGAUGCACUGAAAGCUAUGCAACCCGAUCCGAAUGACUCGCCCGUCCCCUCCCCCAUUGAAGAUGCCCCUUCACCCACCGGUUCAGAGUCACCCUUCCAUACCCUGGGUACCACUGGUGACCCGGACCCAGACCUGGAUGGGCAGGAAAUAGAGGACGACAUGAUUGCUUUGAUUGAUGCUCCCAGCCCCCUCUCAUCUGUUGGGGGUUCCCCAAAACCAAACAUUUCUAUGGGAGAAACGGACAACCGAGAUGUAGAAGAUAUGGAUCUCUCAGAUGUAGAAGAGGCAGAAACACUGGCCAUCAUAGUAGAGGAACGUGCGGCCCCGUCUGUUUUGUCCAAACAGCCAAUUGCCCCUAAGAACGUCACAGAAACCUCACCACCUACUAAAGAGGCGGCGCAAACCAAGCAGGUCACAACCCCACCACCGCCUGUUUCCUCAGCAACACAGUCACUUCCUGUGAACAUCACUGGCGUUGAUCUAGGCAAGAUCAGCUCCAUCCUCAGCACACUCACAAAUGUUAUGAAGAAUUCAGCUGUGGGAGUCAGUCCUGUUUCUCGGUCUUCACCAAGUGUGCCGUCCACUCCAAGCUCAACUCUAAAAACUCCCGUAGCAGUCGCCCCACCAGCCAACCCUCUGGCCAACAUCCUUUCCAGGGUCGACAUCAACCCCAACACCCUGCUCAGUGUCCUGUCCAAAACACAACCCCAUGGUGGUCUUCAGGGUCUGACCUCUUUACUAAGCAACCAGGCUGCAAAGACUCCCACACCUUCAACGUCAGAUUCGGAUAAGUCACCCCUUACCCCUCUUGCAUCACACGCCCAUGAAUCUCCUAAAGUCACACCAACUCCUGCUAUGCAAUUGGCUACAGAUCCUGUCUCUCAUGCAUGCGUGACUCCCAAAUAUUCAAAGUCGGAUACAGUGAAUGAGAAAGUAAAUCCUAGCUCUUCUCUCAACUGUACCCUGGACUCCAAAAUCGACAACUUUCUCCAAGGAAACCCAGCACUGAAAGGCUUUAAUUUGGGCUUCCCGUCUGUUCUGACAUUGCCUAAGGGGACUGUUGACAGCCCCAUAGCAAGUUCAGACAACCUUGUUGGGACCCCAGUAAGGGAUGAGGCUGGCUCUACGCCUACCCAGGAUGAAAUUAUGGACGUUCCGAGACCAGAGCAGUUGAUGUGUCAGCAGGGUCCAUAUUUGUCUGCAGAUGCUAAAUCAACACUUCCCCUUACGUCCUGGCAAGACACAAAUUCUCAAACCGAUCCAAGACUACAAAGCGGUGCAGAGUUUCCCCAGAAUGUCAGGCAACCAAAAAAGGACUCUGUGCCCUCUCUUGCGGAGGCAGAAGCUAAACGUCAUCAACUCAUCAAAGCUAUGCUUUCCACUUCAAAUCCCAGCAAUCAACAAUCUUCAAGCAACAAUGGCGAAGCCACAACAAGACCUGGUCAAAAACAUCAAGAGCUAAGGCAUAACCCUGUAAAUAUGGGACCAAAUUCAGAACUGCCGAUGAGGAGCUUGUACGUUGACCCAUAUCGAGAUAGUCAAGAGCAGCAAGUGUCGGCAAGCUCUGGGAGGUAUGGAGCUGAGCCGUACCGUGUUAAAGAACUAGGGCAGGAUCUCAAUGCACCUAGCUUCUUCACCACACCCCUCCCACCGAUUCCAAAGCUCCCACCUCCCCCUCAAGACUUCAUAGCUCCUGUUUCUUCUUCGAGGGCAGGCGGUCCUCAUGUUCCAUUGGAAGAACCUUACAGUCAAGCAGAAGUUGGUGGUGCUGACAAAUCGUACAUUCAAGAAAACUCUGAAUAUGGUGAACACUUGGCUCAAGUGGAACCUUUCCAUCCACAUGGGGAUGGACUGUCACGCUUUGCUCCGGCACCACACCACGUUCCUAAAAUCCCACAGAAUGCUCCAGUUGAUUACAACCACCAACAUCCACCGAGAGCUCCUCUGCAGCACCCACCCCAUCGCCGCCUUGGCUCUCCACCUCCAGUAAGGGGCUACCAUGAAGGUUUAAGCCCUCCUCGACCUGUACCUGACAAUCCGUACUUCGACCCGUUCUAUGACCAUCCUCCCCGCAGUCCAUCUCCACCACAUUAUGACGCGUACCCAGUUUCUCCUCGUGCGCAUGAGUACUACCCCGAAGACAUACCACCUCACUACCCAGAGCAGAGGGUUCCUCCUCCUCACCUAGAGCACAGGCCUCGACCGCCACACCCUGUCCGUUUACUUCACCCUCACCCAGGGCACUAUCCACCUCCAAGGCCCCUGCGUCGGCCACCACCAGUCCCGUACGUCCAUGAGCCACCGUUCCCCAGAGGCAAGCGACCCGGCCCGCCUUUCGGAGGACCUCCAAGAGCUGGUGGACCCUUCUAUCCUCCUAAAAGACCUUACCUGCCUCCACGUUACUGAAG